AUGGGGUUCAUGUCUCCAAACCGCUGCCCCUGGACUUUGCAGAAGCUUGUUUUGUCGUGCCUGUGGUUAUUGCCACUAGAUGCAGCCGGCGACACUGUGAAGAAAGUUGUCAGCACUCCAUGGUGGCCGCCUGGAACAGAAAAAACUGCAGAAAGUGUUGGGAUAAUUUCACAUGGCCUCGUUUUCAUGACUGCCAUGAUGGAGCUGAAUGAAACGCUGCAAAAAACUGCCGUGCAAGAGAUUCUCGACGUGCACGAUAUUGCAGUCGCAGCGGGUGCCGAUCUGUCCGACCUUGUGGACUGCUACGUGAAUGUUCCUUCCGGGAGAGGUCAAGUGGUAAGGGAAGCUCUUUUGUCGGCGAUGCCCAUGAGCGUCCAGCAGCACCCACCUGCAUUCACUGUCGUUGAGAUGCCAGGUGAAUACAAGUUCGUGCCCAACUCCAUCAUGUGCACUGCUGCCUUGGCGACUUCAGAGCGACGGACCUGGAAGCAUGACGGGCUUUACGGAGUAUCUGCAGAAGGAAUGCUUUUUCUGGAGGGCGCAUCCGCCUCACAGAAGUGUCCGAAGGAUCCUUUUCUUGAAACGAAAGAUGUGUUGACACGCAUCCAUCAGCUUGGCCACAUGGCGAGCGACGCUAUAGACCUGGUUGACUGCACCGCGUACUUGGCCGAUAUCAAGGAUGCAGCCGCAGUUCGACGAGCCAUCGCAGAUUUCUACGCAGACGCCGUAGUUCGACCUGCCACAACGCUGGUGCAGGCUGGCGGGCUGCCCGACGGUAAAUCCGUACUCCUCCGCUGCAUCGGGACGAUGUCAGAUCCAGCAUUCGCGAGGAUGCCGCCAGUGUCUAUCGACGGUGCCACCAUCACCGACAGAUUUGUUUUUACGUCGGCGUUGCUUGGGCGCAAUUCAUCAGGCUCGGAUGCCUUUGAUGGGUUGCAGCGCGUGCUCAAAACUGCAGACGUCAGUCUCAAGGAGGUUGUCACAUGCUCCUUCUAUGUCAAGGAUCAGGCACACAUGUUCGAUCUCUUUUCAGGCUUCUACGAGGCCUUCAACAAGGAGAAUCCACCUCCUCCGACACGCGGCGAAUAUCAAGCCGACACCGAAUGCGACGACUGCCUGGUUGCCAUGAAAUGCGUGGCCGCUCGUUUGCCACCGGCCGCAGCAUCCAGUGGGCUCGGAAUGAGUGGUGUGAAUUUGGUAAUUUAA